AUUUAAAAUCAAUCAAUUUGGACAAACAAAGUUAUCAGCUUAAGGAUCACGUCCAAAUAUCUCCAACUUCAAAGAAAACCAGGAUUGUAGUCAACAAUGGCAUAACAUCUUCCACCUACUUACAGAAAAUUUCAUAUUUUGCCAUAGAUUUCUUCGGAACUUUCAAUAAUUCACCCCCAAACAUCAAAUUUCUGAACUUCUGCCAUUCAUGCUUAAGUAUCAUAACAUUGUGAUUUGUGCUUUCUUUACAAGCUUCAUCCUGUUUUACAUCCAUCUUAGCAAAUAUUUUUGAAAAAAAAAACUUCUGUUUUGCGUGUAAGUAGUCAUUCUUGCACUGGUAAAUGGGAUUAAGAUGUAUUCACCCUCACUAAUCAAAACCCAUUUCAUAAAAUUUUCAAGAAAUCUGGAAGAGAGCGCCAAUCAGAUCCAAGAUCCACAUUUGAGGAGCGUUGACUUCGACUAUUGAUGUUUCUUCAAAGGCCUUCAAUGCUUUUCGAGUGAUGUUCAUAUCUAUCGGAUAAAUCUUAAAAUACCCAUUUCAAGAAACUCGUUGUUCAAGUUGUGAGAAAGCUGAAUUUGAUGGUGGAGGAAGGGAAAGGCAACGAAAUCUAUAACAAGGAAGAGCAAGUUGAAGCGGAUGAAAAUGGAAGCCCCAAAAGAGGGAUCUUUGUGGGGUUUAAUAUUAGGGGCCCAAUCGAUUGGCUGAGAAUGCUAUCAAGGGAAACACAUUGGAGUUCUGUGGUCGCUGUUGUGGUUGUUUAUGGAAUAAAUCAAGGAUUCGGUGGAUCUCUUGCUAGAGUGGGCACAGAGUACUACAUGAAAGAUGUGCAAAAAGUUCAACCAUCUGAAUCACAAGCUUUCACAGGAAUAACAAAUAUUCCAUGGAUUAUUAAACCCAUUUGGGGUCUUCUUACAGAUGUCGUUCCCAUUUUCGGGCAUAGACGCAGACCUUAUUUCGUUCUUGCUGGUAUUGUGGGAAUUCUAUCGAUGUUUUUCUUGUCGUUCCAUGAAAAGCUGCAUAUUGUGCUAGCACUGGCGGCGCUAACAGCCGGAAGUGCUGGAGUUGCUAUAGCAGAUGUGACUAUUGAUGCGUGUGUAGCACAGCAUAGUGGCGUUCAUCCUUCUCUUGCUCCAGAUAUGCAAAGCUUAUGUGCCUUGAGUUCUUCCAUUGGAGCUCUAAUCGGAUUUUCUUUGAGCGGUGUCUUUGUUCAUCUAAUUGGUCCCAAGGGAGUUUAUGGGUUGCUAAGUAUACCAUAUGCGCUUGUGGUACUGGUUGGUGUUGUGCUAAAGGAACCCCAAUCACCUAGCUUUGCUUAUAGACAGAUCCGUGAGAAAUUUGUUGAUGCUGCUACGGUUAUGUGGACUACUCUGAAAAGCGAGGAUGUAUGGAGGCCAUGUUUGUAUAUGUAUCUCUCGUUUGCUUUGAGUUUGAAUAUCUAUGAGGGCCUCUUCUAUUGGGAAACUGAUUCAAAAGCCGGCCCAUCUUUCUCCCAGGAGGCUAUUGGUUUUGUUUUAUCGAUUGGCUCAGUGGGAUCCCUUUUAGGAAUGCUAGAUCUUGUCUUCAUCCUAAGACUGAACCUUAAACUAGGAAUCCCAGAUUACUUCUUUGCGGUUAUCGAUGAAAGUGUGUUUCAAUUAGUCGGGCGUUUAAAAUGGAUGCCACUACUUGUCUUAUCUUCACAACUUUGUCCACCUGGCAUUGAAGGCACGUUCUUCGCUUUGCUCAUGUCAAUUGACAAUUUUGGCCUCAUGUCUUCAACAUGUGAUGCUGAGUCAUUGGGGUUUUCACGUAUGGAAGUAUUGAGUGUUUUAGAGGAUAGUGAAAAUGGUAUACAAGUAACGAGUAGUUUAGAAGAAGAUAGUGAAAUAUUGUUGAAACAUGAGGAGGAGGUGGAACUUUCGCCACUUGUUACUAGUGUUCGUAGUUGA